CAACAAUUUUGACACUGACUGACAUUUAGUAUUUUUACUUUUGUUAGAAAGAAAUUUUUGUAUUCACGUUUUUAAACCGAUUUUAACGUGAUAAAUUUUCAACAAAAAUGGUCAGUUGGAGUUCUAUUGUACGUCCAGCGGCUCAAUUAGCCAAAUAUCGUACCAUUUUGCAGACCCCAGCUGUAAAAAAUGCUGUCCAGUUGCAAUUGCGUCAAAUGAGCGGUGGUCACCAUCAUAUGAUUGUACAGCCCUCCCGUUUCCAAUGGAAUAAAUUUAAGGAUUUAUUGCACUUUUAUGUGAUGUUGGGUGUUUUGCCCAUUACUGCUCUGGUCAUGUACUGCAACAUUUUCAUUGGUCCAGCUCAAUUGCAUGAAAUUCCAGCCGAUUAUGAGCCUAAACACUGGGAAUAUCAUAAGCAUCCCAUUUCUCGCUUCAUUGCCCGCUACAUGUUCCCUAGCCCACAACAGGAAUAUGAGAAAAACUUACAUUUCCUUUAUGAAGAAGAUGAAAAAGCUCAAAUCAGACUACUUGAAGAGAAAAUUCGUGCUAAAAUGUCUGAACGUAACGAUUACCAAGCCUACUACUACAGGCCCGUCAUUGCCAAAUAUCACAGAAUUUCUAAAGAAGCUGCUGAUGAAUUGGAAGAUUUGCGUGGUGAUUAAACACACAACAAUUAAUAUAUGAGUCGCUACGAUUCAAUGAAAUUACAAUAUCUCUAGUUUAAUUAAAGUGCAGAAACAACUAUUGUUGAAAAAUAAAUAAAACUUGAAACUAAAAA